AUGCUGCGCGCUCUUAGACAGCAGCAGCAGCAGCAGCAAGGUGCAAUGCUGCGCGCUCUUAGCCUGCUGCGCAGCAGCAGCAGCAGCAGCAAGGUGCAAUGCUGCGCGCUCUUAGCCUGCUGCGGCGAGCAGCAGCAGCAGCAGCAAGGUGCAAUGCUGCGCGCUCUUAGCCUGCUGCGGCGGCGGGAGUCCUCUGGCGGCUCUGAGAACGUCAACAGCAGCAACAGCAUCAGCAUCAGCAGCAGCAGCAGCAGCAGCAGCAGCAGCAGCAGCAGCAGCAGCAGCAGCAGCAACUUCGAUGAUGCUAUAAGAGGCAGCAGGGAAGCCAUCAGCACCCUCGUUCGAUGA